CGCAUGCGUACUAUAGUCUGAGCGCGAGCCCGUCAAUUCGUUGGUCGCGCAGGCGCAGAAGCAGCUGCAGCCGGCCCGUCAGCUCCUGAACAGGAGGAAGCCGCCAUGGAGUCAUACGAUGUGAUCGCUAACCAGCCCGUGGUGAUUGAUAAUGGCUCUGGAGUUAUAAAAGCUGGAUUUGCAGGUGAUCAGAUCCCAAAAUAUUGUUUUCCAAACUAUGUGGGCCGACCUAAGCAUAUUCGAGUUAUGGCUGGUGCCUUGGAGGGAGACUUAUUUAUUGGACCAAAGGCGGAGGAACACAGGGGGCUCCUGUCUAUUCGAUAUCCUAUGGAGCACGGUAUUGUUAAGGACUGGAAUGACAUGGAACGUAUCUGGCAAUAUGUCUACUCAAAGGACCAGCUGCAGACUUUUUCUGAAGAGCAUCCAGUUCUGCUCACAGAAGCUCCAUUAAACCCACGGAAAAACCGUGAACGAGCAGCUGAAGUUUUCUUUGAGACGUUUAAUGUUCCAGCUCUGUUCAUCUCCAUGCAAGCCGUACUCAGCCUGUAUGCAACAGGGAGGACAACAGGAGUUGUGCUGGAUUCUGGGGACGGGGUGACACACGCUGUGCCUAUCUACGAAGGUUUCGCGAUGCCGCACUCCAUCAUGAGGAUUGACAUCGCUGGUCGAGACGUCUCCCGCUUCCUCCGUCUGUAUCUGCGGAAGGAGGGCUAUGACUUCCACACUUCAGCUGAGUUUGAAAUUGUCAAAACUAUCAAAGAGCGUGCAUGUUACCUGUCCAUAAAUCCACAAAAAGAUGAGACGUUGGAGACAGAGAAGGCUCAGUAUUACUUACCCGAUGGAAGCACUAUUGAGAUUGGCCCGGCCCGAUUCCGAGCCCCUGAGCUGCUGUUCCGACCAGAUCUAAUUGGGGAAGAAUGUGAGGGAAUCCAUGAGGUCUUAGUGUUCGCCAUUCAGAAGUCAGACAUGGACCUAAGGCGAACUUUAUUCUCCAACAUUGUGUUGUCUGGAGGAUCCACUUUAUUUAAAGGUUUCGGGGACCGACUUCUAAGUGAAGUAAAAAAAUUAGCACCAAAAGAUGUAAAAAUAAGGAUAUCUGCUCCUCAAGAACGAUUAUACUCUACAUGGAUUGGUGGAUCCAUUUUGGCCUCUCUGGACACCUUCAAGAAAAUGUGGGUCUCAAAGAAAGAAUACGAAGAAGACGGCCCCAGAGCUAUCCACAGGAAAACCUUCUAACGUCCAGACAGACCAAAUCACUUUAUCUGUCCACUUCAGUUUAAAACUCGCUUUUUGAGUAUGAGAGUAUGGUCGGAAGGUGACUGGUGGGUGGGUGUGUAUGUAUGUGUCUGUAUGCGCUCUCCAGCAUGCCAAGAAGUGGUCACACGAAAGGUAAAAGAUCUGACAUUGUAAAGACCAGCAGAGAGCUCCAAGGAGAGGAAAGCCUUUAUCCCAUUCCUAUUUAUGUGUAUUACGUUGCGCCAGGGUUCGUAUAUUGGUCAGUUGCGAAAAAUUCUUUUUAUCGCGUUAUAGCCAAUUUAACCAUAACAGAUAACCACACGUAAGUUAAAAGAUCCAUGUUGCAAUGGAUCGAGACCUGUCCAGUUCUGUGAUCCCCCCGCACUUAUACUGCCACACAGGCCUCCAGAAUUGCAUUUUACUUGACUCCACAGAGGAAAAACUGAAACACGUCAAACUCGUUUAAACCCACAUGGAUUUUGGAAAAUGUUUCUAUUGCAUGGAAUAAAAGAACAGUAUAGUUAUAUAGUUAGACAUUUUUGGAUUUUGUCUUUGUUAUAGUGUCCUUGUCUCUAUGCCUGUCUGCCGGUCAGUGUAGGUUACAUUGCAGGAGAAAGCAUCGCUUCUGUUCCCUUUUAUUUCUGUUCUUCAGGCAUACUCGCCUUUUACCAUCUGACAUCAGGCAUGAAGGGAUGAAACUGAACAUUGAGCUCUACAGUCCCCAAGGCCGCUGUACGGCAGGAAGUAUGCUGCGUGGGUGCGAUUUCAAAUUGGACCCUUGCAUGUUACUUAUGGGGUACUGUAUGGUGGCCCUUGGCAGCUGUAAACCCCCCCCAAAUGCAGUGGCAUCUUUUCAGGGAAAAUAUACUUUAAGGGUACGUUCACAUGAGCGGAUUUACAGCGUAUUUUACGCUGCGGAUCCGCUGGUGAAGGCCCGCUCUAUGCUGUCUUUACAUGUGCCUGCUCGUAGCGGCAAUACGUUGUGACGAGCAGACACACUGCAGUGAUGUGCGCAGCGUACUCGCACAUCGCAGCCGCUCUCCCUGCUCUGAGGUAGACAGAGAGCUCCCACGAUGUGCGAGUAUACUGCGACUUGCACAUCGCAGUGUGUCUGCUCAUAUCGACGUAUUGUCUGCUCGUAGCGGCGACGUACCCUAAGGGUCUAUUCACACAUACAGUAUUCUGCGCGGAUUUGAUGCGCAGGAUUUCAAGCUGUGCUCAGUCAUUCAGUUUACAUUGAAAUCUGCAGCAGAAAAUCCUGCGCAUCAAAUCUGCACCGAAUACUGUACGUGUGAAUAAACCCUAAGGGUACGUUCACACACGCAGAUUUUCAGCGUAUUUUAUGCUGCGGAUCCGCUGGUGAAGGCCCGCUCUAUGCUGUCUUUACAUGUUCCUGCUCGUAGCGGCAAUACCCCGCUACCAGCAGACACACUGCGAUGUGCGAGUCGCAGUAUACUCUCACAUCGCGGGAGCUCUCUGCCUAACUCAGAGCAGGGAGAGCGGCCGUGAUGUGCGAGUACGCCACACACAUAGCUGCAGUGUGUCUGCUGGUAGCGGCGUAUUGCCGCUACGAGCAGGCACAUGUAAAGACAGCAUAGAGCGGGCCAUCACCAGCGGAUCCGCAGCUAAAUCCGCUGCGAAAAUCCGUGCUGGUGUUUGAGAGAAAAAAACAAAACACAACUAACUUAUGUAAGAGUCAGCACUAUUGAUAGGUUGUGUUUUAAAGGGGUACUCCACUGCCCCAGCGUUCGGAACAUUUUGUUCUGAACGCUGGGUGUGGACUGUGGGGGUGGUGACAUCGCAGCCACGCCCCCUCAAUGCAAGUCUAUGGCAGGGGGCGUGACCACUGCCAUGCCCCCUCCCAUAGAUUUGCAUUGAUGGGGUGUGGCCGACCCCCGCAGCGCGCACACAGUGUCUAGUGGAGUACCCCUUUACUGCAAACGUGGGUAAGCUACAAGACCAGAGACGGCGUACAAAGUGGCUUUUGCUUUUUCCCUUUCAUGCAACCCCAUUACGGCUUUUGCACAUACUUGAUUUUUUUGUAUGGUUAAAUGCUUGUAAAACAUCAGGAAUUUCAAGCAUUUUUAUUGUUACAUUUGUAACAUGUUUUAAUGACCCUUUUAUCAAGCGCAAAAGAGGGGUCUGUGUGUGAGGGGGAAAAAAAAAAAAAGACCUUCCCCCAAAACUCUGCAUACAGUGUCUUCCAUGUUUCCCUAUAGACUGUAAAGUAACGUCUAACCUCUCUGCUUGUGCCAGUGAAAUCCCUGCUACAGAACAUCGGCCUUAAAACAAUGCUGGAUUAUUAGGUGCUUGUAGAACUAGAAGUCCCAGAACUACUGAUGGGCCGCAGUGUGUUGCGUUUUAGUUGCUAUUUAUUGUGUCAUAUGAAGCACACAGUCCAUGAUACCACUACGUAGUAAUGCAGCCUUGGUGAACAGGUCAGUCUUGUUCUAUACGUCUUCUUGUUUUAUCAUCGAUACCACAUUUGCCUUUAAAACUUUGAUUUUGGUUGGAACCACUGAGUGUUAUGUCGGCGAUACUGAAAAGCACCGAUCUGCACGACAUAAGUUUGUUUAGUCUCUGUCUCCUUUGUUUAACCCUCUCACAGUUGUCUACAAUGUAUGUCCAGAUCUAAUAGUGAUAAUCUCAUUAUACAGACAAGGCUUGCAUAGGGCUGCCAGGUCCCUUCCUUUCAGCAUGUAUCUUAUCUGCUCUACAGAAAUGCCACCCAUAUCUCCAUCACUGAUAAGACUCUUAAUACUUUGUAUAUACUUAUUUUAUAUGGAACCUAACACUUCCUUAUAUAAGUGCUCUUGAAGAACAUAAAAUGGCCACUGAUAAACAUCCACCAAUUAUUGCCCUUAUUACCCAGCUGUACGAGAUAUAUAUAUCCUAUUUAAAUCUGCAUUACGUUGAUAAAUCAAUCUUGUACGUUAACCUUGUACUUGUGACAGCAGUUAGUUCCAGUAUCUAACUCAUACUGGAACUGUGAGUUAAAGGGGCACUCCACCCCUACACAUCUAAUCCACUAUCCAAAGGAUAGAGGGGAUAAGAUGUCUGAUUGCGGGGUCCUGCAGCUGGGAAUCUCUGUGCAGCACCCGACAUUCUAAACAGUAUGUUUAGAAAGCUGGGUUCGGGGCUGUGGUCGUGACAUCAUGCUACGCCCCCUCCAUUCAUGUCUAUGGGAGGGGGUGUGAUGCCAUCACGCCCCCUCUCAUAGACCUGAAUGGAGGGUAUGUAGGGUGACGUCACGGCCCCAAACCCAGCAUUCAGAACGAAAAGUUAAGAAUUCCGGGGUGGCGUGCAGGAGAUAGUGGGGGUUCCCAGGAGCGGGACCCCCACAAUCAGAUAUCUUAUCCCCUCUACCCUUUGAAUAGGGGAUAAGACGUCUAGAGGUGGGGUGCCCCUUUUAAGGAAGCUUAGAUAAGGUGAGCUGUUUUCCAUAGAUUACCGGGACAUGAAUAGCAGAGGUCCCCCCACCAAUGGCUAUCCAGGCAUUCUAAGAGUAGUAGUUGGAGGCCACUAUCCUACAUGUUAACGAUAAGAAGUCAUCCUAUGUGAUUUUGAUCAUACAGAGCUGCUAUGUUCAUUAGAAUUAUUUCCAUGGGAACUGUUCCCUAGAUGUCAGAAAGUCUACACUUUUGGGUUGCUAACAAACAGCAUCCUGAUCUCAGCUUUGGAUAAAAGUGCUAACCUAUAGGAAAACCAUUGGUGACUACUAGAUCAGUGGCCAUGUCUGAUAACUAAGAAUAGCGUAUAUCCCUUAUGUGUCUAACCUGAAGCUGCAGAUGUUUUACCUGUGUAUUUAUUGCCUAACGACUGCGUUCAUAUCCCAACACUAAAUCCUGACAUCAUUUAUGUCAGCGCAGCGCUUGUUUUGGAAAUGUUAUUAUGUAUCGAUAUAGGAUUAUUUAAACCCCCUUUGUCCUUUCCCUAAGGGAUUGAUGUGUAUCAGUCAUGUCAUGGAGUCCGUGUAGAUGGAACAUGAAAGCUGAUCUUGUGUACAGCGUACUGACUGAUCCUACGGUUUAUAACGUUUGGCGACACAUUUAGAUUUGCAAUUUGUAAGGUUUGUUUUAGGAUGCGUUCACACGGCCGUCUGUUUAUUUUUUCUGUUUUGUUUUUUAAUCCCCGUUUAGAAUACUGCGUGUGCCGUUUUUUGCUGCCUUCAAAAAAACGGAAAUGAGUGCAGACGGGUACAAACAGAUGUAAACUGAUUGUAAAAAACGAAAUGCCUUUUGACAUGAAUGGGAUUUUUUUUUAAAACAGUUUUCCGUUCUUGCAGGCUGUAAACAGAAACUGUUUUAAAAAAAAAAAUCCCAUUCAUGUCAAUUUUUUUUACAAUCCGUUUACAUCUAUUUGUACCCGUCUGCACUCCUUUCAGUUUUUUUGGAAGGCUGUAAAAAAACGGCACACGCAGUAUUUUUUCUUUCGUCAAAAAAGCGGAAGAAAAAACAUACAGUAAAUUUAACAUUGAAGUUUAUGGAAAACAGAUGAACCUUUUUAAUGUCAUUCGUUUUUUUUUUUUUAUUCGUUUUUCGAUCCAUUUUUAUUUCUGAGCAUGCUCAGAACACAAUUUUCUGGGGGGUUUAUUAACUAAAUAAUGGAUAUAAACGUCCGUUUGCAUGCGUUGUUUUUUUUAAAGUCCGUUUUUAUUUUUGAUGGAGAAGGGGACGGGUCUAGACGGCCGUGUGAACGCAGCCUUACCAAAAUUGACCCUCAUUUCCUUGGAAAAGUCUGGUAUGACAGUCCGAGGAGACCCCAGUCUCAUUCCAGACCUCUCAGGGAAUUGGAAAAGCUGAACUUCUGCAAGAAUAAAUUGCUGGAUGAUUCUUUAGAUUUGCUUUUUUUGAAUCUUGCUAUAAAUUCUCCGUUUGUAUUUAUCAGCCAGGACCACUGCUCUCUGGAAAUGGUGGGGUUAAAAACUCCACAACCUGCAGACAGAGCUGUCAUUGGGCUUAUGGACCCCAGUAGAUUGUUUUAACUCAUUUCUUUCUAGAGUGCAGAGCUUAAGGCAGUGUUUCUCAACCAGCUUGCCUCCAGCUAUUGCAAAACUACAACUCCCAGCAUGCCCGGACAGCCUUUGGCUGUCCGGGCAUGCUGGGAGUUGUAGUUUUGCAACAGCUGGAUGCAUACUGGUUAGGAAACACUGGUCUGAGAAAGAUGAUCAGUUGGAAGAAAUUCAAAGUCAUUGACUAGAUAAGAGCAUCAUCAGAUGAGCCAAUAUAUAUGGCAUGUUAUUGGAAAUUUGGCUGCUCUAUGAUCCUUUUAUUAAAUAAAAACUGUUCCUUGUGCCCAUAUCGAAGUAGAGUAAGGAAACACUGAGCUAAGGUACAGCCAAAAAAUCUGUAAACAGUGCCACUCUUGGCCAGGGGUUUUGUCUGGUAUUGCAAUUCAGCUCCAUUUAAUGUGAACCUGUCAACUGUAAAGGGGUACUCUCCCCUUUUUCUAUUUUUUAGAACUGGUGCCAGAAAGUUAAACAGAUUUGUAAAUUUCUUCUGUUAAAAAAAAAAAUCUUAAUCCUUCCAGUACUUAUCAGCUGCUGUAUACUACACAGGAAGUUCUUAAAUUAUUUUUUGAACUUUCUUUGUCUGACACCUCUGUCCAUUUUAGGAACUGUCUGGAGCAGGACAGAUUUGCUCCUAGUCUUGACAGUUACUAAAAUAGACAGAGGUGUCAGCAGAGAGCACUGUGGUCAGACAAAGAAAAUUCAAAAAGAAAAGAACUUCCUCUGGAACAUACAGAGGCUGAUAAGUAUUGGAAGGGUUAAGAUUAUUAAAUAGAAGGAAUUCACAAAUCUGUUAAACUUUCUGGCAUCAGUUGGUUAAAAAGAAAAAAAAAAUUACCAGUGGAGUACCCCUUUAAGAGCUGCAGACACUGUUAGGGUGUAAAAGCAAACGGAACCUUUUACUGGAGUUGAUAAUAUUUGCUAAAGUUAUAAAAUCUUUUCAUUUCCCAGCCAAGAGUCAAGGAGGUGGAGCUACUCCAGUCUGGCACGCCUCCUCCUCUCAGCCCCUGCUUGAUUGACAUACAGAGCUUUGUACAGGAGUCAAUGAAGUCCUGGGAGGAGAGUAUGGAGGUGUGCCAGGCACCCGAGCAGCUCGAUCCGCCUCCUUGACACCUUGUUGCCAAAACCAUUAAAAAAAUGUAUUUCUCAUUCAUUGUCAUCUCCAAUAAAUACCCUAAGCCUAGGUUCACACUACGGAAUCUCUGGGCAGAAUUUCUGCUGGAGACUAACCCGGCGGCACUAGGGCCACACACUGUAUUGCCGUCCCCAUAGAAGGCAAUGCAUUUCUGGGUAGAUAUUUUGGGAGAUCUGCUCAGAAAUGCAUUGACAUCUAUGGGGAUGGCAAUGCAGCCCGUGCGGUCCUAGUGCUGCCGGCUAAGUCUCCAGCAGAAAUUUUGCCCAGGGAUUCCGUAGUGUGAACCUAGCCUAACAGCUAUCAAACAGUGUCUGCAGCAAAUACAGUGGACAGAUAGAUGCCCUUUAGGUUGACCCCUAUGCUGAGGAUAAGAUAGAAGUAGGUGAUCAGUGGUGGCCCAACUACUAGGACCUCUACCCAUCAUAAAGAGCAGAGUUCAGUUGUCUCCUCUGUGACUGGAAUGACUGUGCUUGACGUCUUCUUCAUUCUCUGAACAUUGCUGAGCACUGAACUCAGCUAAUAUGCUUUAAGUCUUAGAGUCAAUGGAGCAGUGUGUACUUGUUGCAGUGCCAUGUACUAGGACAACUGCACACAAUUCUGAUCGUAGCCGGUCCCUUAUGACCUUGUUACUCCAUUUUCUGUGGAUAAGGGAACCUUUAAUCUUAUCAUACCCUCUUUUAAAGGAGAACUGUACUGAAACAAACUGGGCUGCAAAAACUAAAACAAACUCACCGGUGUCCCGGUCCUGGUCUUCUUCCUGGGGACGGUGAGUCAUACUGCACUCAGCAUAUCGCCAACCGCAGCGAUGUCCCGCCUUGGCCGGUGCUAGGCUGAGCGCACUGUCAUGUAAGGAGCCUGGGCUCCUUCCUCACCUUCCCUAAGAAGAGGACCAGCACCGGAGGACUGGGACACCCAUAUCGGCGCAACGGGGGAAUGUCGUAAGGUUUUAAAAAAAUUUUUUUUUAAAGAUUUUGCAGCCCAGUUCUCCUUUAAGUGAAUUGGAUGGUGUUUUGACACAAGGCACAGCCUUCGGAUAAUAGCGGUGCUGUGUUGCUGGGGGAAAAAGAAAACCAGAACUACUACUAAAAGAUUAUACAAGUUUAGAUGUUAUCGGUUAGAAAUUUGCUCAUGCCCUGUAAUAGAGUAUCCACAUUAUAUCCAAGGUUCUACUGUUAAAAUAUCUAAUCUGUUUUCCUGUGUAUACUUGGGUGUCAAUGGUUCUCAAAUGACAAAGGGUAGGGUCAUACAUGCUGUAUUUUGCUGUGUAUUUUCUGCAGCUGCUUUUACUUCCCAUUGACUUUAGUGGGUAGGAAAAUAUGCAGCAGCAAAAUACAGCAUGUGUGACCCUCCCCUAAGUGAUAUGAUCGCACAAUAAUCCCAUUUUACUAUAGUUGUAUUGGUGGCCCCCCAUUUGCUUUGUUUAUGGCCAAGAGGCAGAGUAUGUAUGUGUGCAGGUAUCUCUAAGACCCUGGCUGUAAACCCCCACUGAGCGGCAACUGUCCCGUCUGAGUAAAUGUAUGGGAUAAUAUUAUUACGGCUCGGACGUCAGUCAGUGAACGCCUUCAUGCCAAAACUGCAUCCGUGUGCUCUGCUUAGUAGUUUCUAUCAUAAGACAGCGAAUAGUGUUUCCGUUCAGUUUCGUUUUUCCAUCUUUUGUAACAAAUUGACCAGAUCCUGUACUGUGCACAAGUAAAAUGGUGUCAGCUGGUGAUGCCCAAAACACAUAAAAUCCUGAAAUAAAAUAGAAUCUUAUUCAAAAAAAAAA